AUGACACCUCCAUUUUGUACACCAACAGCUACUUUAUUUGGAAUGCUUGGUUCUACUUUGGCUACUGCCUUAUCAAAUUUGGGAGCAGCUUAUGGUACAGCUAAAGCAGGAUUGGCAAUUGCAUCUUGUGGUGUAAUGAGACCAGAUUUAGUUAUGAGAUCAAUUAUUCCAGCAGUUAUGGCUGGUAUAUUGGGUGUUUAUGGUUUAAUUGUAGGAGUAAUUAUCUGUUCUCAAUUAAGGGCAGAUUAUUCAUUAUAUCAAGGAUAUUGCCAUCUUGCUGCUGGUAUAAUUUCUGGUUUUAGUUGUGCUGCCAGUGGUUUUACUAUAGGUGUUGCAGGAGAUGCAGGAAUUCGUGGUACUGCUCAACAAUCUAAGCUCUUUGUUGCUUCUAUGCUUGUACUUAUUUUCGGUGAAGCUCUUGCAAUUUACGGUAUUAUUGUUUCAUUGGUACUCAUUUCCAGUCCAUCAGGAAACAGUCUUUGUGUACCUAUUAAGUAA